AUGUCCUCCUCGUUACCACCCGACCCGUACAAGAUUUUAGGCGUCUCCAAAGAUGCACAGCUCCCCGAGAUCCGAAGCGCCCACAGGAAGCUUGUCCUCAAGUGUCACCCCGACAAGGUCCAGGACCCAACGCUCAAGGCCCAAAAGCAGGACGAGUUUCAAAAGGUCCAGCAGGCUUACGAGCUGCUGAGCAACGAGAACGACCGAGCCAAGUACGAUGACAACGUCAAGCUCGCUGAGCUCCGCAAGGAGAUGGCCAAGGGCAUGGCCGCCAACACCUCCGCUCCCCGCGCCCCCAGGACCUACGACGUACGCACCGCCGAGCCCCGCCCCGACACCUUCAAGACGACGUCCUACCGCUCGUCUCCCAACACCAAGAUGUACUCCCAAUACAACUCACGGUCGUGGGACGAGGAUCUCCACAGCCGAUCAAAUUCAAAUUCCAUUUUCGAGGAGCCCCGCGCCCGCCGGGCCACCAGCUACGAGAAGCCGUCUCGACAAGACGACGACCUCCUCCGGGAACGCAGACGCAGAGAAGAGAAAGAACGGGAACGCGAGGAGCUAGCGCGUGCUGCCGCCGCCCGCGAUAGAGAACGUCUCGAAAGAGAGAGGGAACGAAUGGCGGAGAAGAAGGUCGCCGAAAAGGCCGCUAAACGGGCCGCGGAAGAAAAGGAGGCCCGACGGCAGGAACGUAAGCGUAUGGAAAAGGCUGAAAAGGAGCGCGAGAAGUCGCGGAGACACAAGCCCAUCUACAGCGAGCCUUUCGACGACGACGCAACGUAUGUCGCCAAGGCCGACAAGAAGAAGUCAAGCAGCACCAAGGAGAAGAAGGAGGACAAGCGGUCCCGUUCCGUUCCGCGAGACGUUGUUCCGCCCCGGGAAGAGUUGCCUGUGCCGCCCGUGCCGCCCAUGCCGCUUGCUCAGACCGAUAUCCAGCACAAGUACGCCGAGACCAUGAUCUACGCCGCCAAAUACAUGGACGAGUCCCGCAAGUCCGUUCACCCAGGUAUAACACGCUCGCAGACGUACGACGUCCGGCCUCCUGUUCCUACCCCGCCGCCAGCCGGCCCAUCCUUCGCCGCCCCCCCUCCUCCUCCUAUCCCCCAGGAAGAAGACACAACUCGCAGGUCAAAGUCGAGGCGCUCCUCAGAGACCAAGACGCGCGACAAGUCGAGCCACAAGAAAUCGUCGCCGACCAAGGAGGCGCCCCUGCCGCCGCCGCCCAAUGUCGUGGACGCCUCGCCCAGUAGCCGCCACAUGGCUCAUUUCGCUCCGACGACGGCGUAUCCCGCAUCCACCUCGCCGCCAAAGUACCUCAGCCGGUCGGCUACCUUGAACGAGAGCUCAUUCAGCCGUCCGCUCCCCGGCCCCAUCAGAUCACAGACUUUCUCGCAUGUGCCUGCCGAUACUGAUCUGCGGGGUCGCGGUCGUUCGAGAAUGCAGCCGCAGGCUGUGAGCGAAGAUUCGGAAUCCGAAGAUGACCACCACCGCCGCCACAGGAGUAGCCGUCAUAAGACUCACUCUCCUGACCCGAUGCCGGCGGAACACGGCCAGAGGACUCGGUACACAGUUAGCGCCGGCCGCGCAGUCGCAGUUCCUCCUGAAAGUGCGUACGCAGCGAUGUACCACGAUGAGUCCACCCCUCCCUCGAGGAAGCACAGCAAGAAUACCUACUACGAACGCCCUCCUAUGCCAUCUAGGGAACCAAGCUACUCGAGCUCUACGUACUUUCCCAAGGUCAAGACGGCAAGAUACGAUGACGUGCAGUACAGCAAUAUCCCGCAUCGGUACCGUGAGGAGUACACUGCUUAUGCUUAG